AUGGUGCGAUAUAUAAAUGCUAAUAACAAGUGCAACUCCCAGGGGAGAGAUCGGACUACUACGCUGGGGAGGACAGUUGAGGCCCCAUUCCGUGCACACUUGAGGCCUGAUUCAGCGCCCAGCACCUCUGACGAGAUGGACAUCUCUCUGGAGGAGCUUAUCAAGUUGAACCAGAUCUGCAGCGGCACCGGCACCCAGGGACGACGUGCCGGUGGGCCAGUCUGGAACCGGGGAGGGCUGACCCAAAGCCGCGGUAGGAACCAGCCAACGCCCUACAGCAGGCCCAAGCAGCUCCGGGACAAGUGGCACCGUGACCUGUGCAACAGCAGCGUCUGGGGCGGCGCCCGCGUAGAGCCCGGCGGGAUGCUGCUGGUGUCCAACCUGGACUUCAGGGUGUCGGAUGCCGACAUCCAGGAGCUGUUCGCCGAGCUGGGCAUGCUGAAGAAAGUGGCCGUGCACUAUGACCGCUCCGGCCGUAGCCUGGGCACCGCCGUGGUGCACUUUGAGCGGAAGAUGGACGCCCUGAAGGCCAGGAAGCAGUACAACGGGGUCCCCCUGGACGGGCGCCCCAUGCACAUUCAGCUCAUCACAUCUCAGAUGGACACACAGCAGAGACCUGCACAGAGCACAAACGGAGGCGGUGGGAUCACAAACCGCAGGUUCGGAGGCUUUGGCGGGGUCCAGAGAGGCGCCCGCGGGGGCAGCUGGGCCCGGGGCCCAGGCACGGGACGGAGCUCCAAGCGGCAGCUUUCUGCAGAGGAGCUGGACGCACAGCUCGACGCCUACUAUAAGGCCAGGUUGAACACCAGCUAA